ACAGGGAUUGCGCUGCUCAGCUUGUUUGCAAAGUCUGGAAGGAAAUGACACGAAUUUAGAGGCGUUUACAGUAUUUCAGCACUGAGCAGAAGCUUAUUUAUUGCGAGAUGAGCCUACGAAAUCAUUGCGGGAAAUGCUUCCUGAUGGUGGGAGAAGUGAUGAGUCAGGAUGGCACAUCUUGGGCUACCUCUGAUCCUUUGUGCCUUUGGGAAGCCAUUUUGUCAAUCCAGGCUUCAGUUGCAAGGAAAAAAUCAGGUGACUUAGAAGAGAAAUGCCCAGUGGUGCUCCUGUUUCUGUGACUGGAUUAAAGUGACCUGGAAGCUGAUUUUCAGUGAGCAAUCAGUGAAGCCACACAGGAUUUUGUGGAAUAUUGCAUGAUCUCAUCAUGAAGAUCUCUCUCCUGCAGCAGAUGUAUAAGGAUGUCCUGGCAGGCAUCCCCCUAGCAAGGGAAAGCCGUCAUUAUUCCUCUUUAAUGAAUCUGUGUGUUGAGCAGCCACCAGGAGGAGAUGGAUCCUGUCACCAGCAGCAUCUGCCACCGACUGCUGGUGGCACUGGGAGCCAUCAGGACUCUGAUAUGUCACAUGUUGUCCCUGCAACAGAUGAUUUAUCCAGGAGCUUUGCAAACAUGAGCUCCUCGUUCUGCCCCCGGGAGGUGACGCUGCUCCAGCUCACCCUGAUCAAAAUGAUGGUGGCCAAAGCAGAGUCCCAGGAGAUUGAGCUCCACACGAGACAGAAGUACUGUGAAAUCUUUGUUCUUCUUCUGAAGGAGGCAAAAAUUGACUCAAAAUUGAUUCACCUGCUGGGUUCUGAUGAUCGGCUGUUAUCUCACAUGGCCUCACAAAGUUUGGCAUCUCUUGUGUAUUUCCAGCUGAAGGAAGAGGACGCUGUGAACGUGCCGUGGCUGAGCUUCAGCCUGGCGGCGCUGCCGGGGUUCCCGGGGGGCUCGGGGGUGCCCGGCUGCCUGUGGGCCCUGGCGGCGAUUCUCAAGGAGACGCGGAAGGACGCGCCCGCAGCCCGAGCAGGUGCUUUGAAGAAGCUGUUGGCUCCUCUUGAUGCAGUGCUUGAAGGAUUUUAUAAUGCCAUCCUGCUCCAUCAUUUUGACAGUCACCACUACACUUCACCUUAUUCUGAAGCUACAAACAAUCUGAUCAGUUUUAUAGAUCUGCUCGAAGCACUUUUGGUUUCCAGAGUUGAACUGGAAAUACCAUUCAGGUGCCAGAGAAUUUUAUUUUUGAAAGUUUCUUAUGUCCUCAAUGUUAUUAGCUCAUCGAUUCCUUAUGUAAUCAAGAAGAAAUUCAUUUUGCUCCUUAAAAAAUGUGUCCUUUGCAAGUCUAGAGAAGAUGUUAAAGGUGGAUCCCUGUUCUUACAAAGCCCAUCUUGGUGUGAGGAUAUGCUUGCACUGAGUAAUGUUGUUCUGCAGGUUGUGAAUUUGACUUGGCUUAAUCAGAUCCCACUCAGUGGGAAGUCCAGCUACUUUGGAAGCAGUGAAACUGUUCCUGGCCAUGAUUCUCAAGGUGCUUCUGACCAAACUGCUCUCAGAGCCUUAAGUCUGGUUGUGCUUAAAGCACUGGAAUUCAAGAUUCACAACUCUGCAACAGAAGCAGAAAUCAAAGAUUCAUGACAUAAAAAUGAGUUUUUUAAUUAGAUUCAAACACCCCAACUGUCAAGAGGAAUUUCAAUCUGAAAAGAAUGGUACUUCCUUAUUUUAGUGAAAUUAC